AUGAAUCGCGAACUUCAUCCUAAGUUAGUUUUGCGGAGAACUGGGUCGGAAACUUUGGACCGCCGUCGCCAGCCAUUCCCCAUUUCCGAUCUCCCUACUACUGUGAGAGAUGCGCUGCACAUCAUCCAUGCAAUAGGUAUCCGCUAUGCCUGGGUCGACACUCUGUGCAUUGUUCAAGAUGAACCCAAAGACGUGGCGACUAUGCACAAGGUUUAUUCCAACGCGCUCUUUACGUUGUGCUCCUGUGCCACAACUCAUGCCACAACUCAUGCCACAACAAAGUUGCUCGACCAGCGUGAGGCGUGGACCCAAAGGACAGAGCCCUGUCGACUCGGCGGGCAGUGGCUGAUGACCUCAGACAUGUCUCUCAAUGAACUGCGUCUGAGGUCGCCGCUCGCAGAACGUGCUUGGACACUCCAGGAAGAGAGGUUGAGCCCUCGAAUGCUGUACGUGUCUAGCAAUAGGGUGUAUUGGUCUUGUGCCAAGGGCCAGGAGAUGGAGUUGAAGCCCAUAUGCAGACAAAAGGCCACGCCGACCCAAAGACCGGUAUACGCGGCAUCAGACCACGACACCCAGAUGCCGCUGGCGCAAGAGUUUCUACUAGCCUGUUAUUCGGGUACAAGCGACCUCCAUCCGUAUUGGGCGGACAUCGUGAAAUCGUAUGCGUUGCGAGACAUGACCAAUUUAUCAGAUCGAUUAACGGCUUUGUCCGGUCUGGCCGCAAAGUAUCUCAGUGCAAGUAGACUUGAUGAAUAUCUGGCCGGACUUUGGGCAAACAAUAUGGCAGAAGGACUCGGGUGGCGAGUAAAACAAUCAGUGAAGAUUGUCAGUAACAGAGUCGACCCCGUGGUUGUGUCACCACCGUGGCCGUCGUGGUCGUGGGCUGUGCUUCCGCUUCAGACUGAGAUCGAAAUGACUGACAAGAGCGCGAGAUCUUCCUUCUUUCAAAGGGUUGAAGAUGGUCGCAAUGAAAAUUCCGGAGCUCGGAGUAGCGCUGAGGAUGCUGUCAAACGUGGAGAACACGUCAAGGAGAUUUGCGUGUUCGGUCGCAUGCGCACACUGUGGAAGCCAUCAUCUCGCUCUACUGACUGGUCAGCUGUCAGCGUACUAGUAGACGGAGAAGAAAGGUUUAGUUUUGCAAUUAACCCUGAGCAAAAUAUGCAUACACUAGAACCCGAAUCUGGUCGCAUCCUGGUGUACGAGGAUCGAAAAAGAGGAGUCGUGAGUCAGGUUGAUUUCCAGCGGGAUGUUGGAGUUGCAUGGGAUGUCCGCGAGGACUACUUUGCCUCGGCGCAAUGCAGGGCCUUGAUUCUUCUUUAG